AGGGUGCGGGGUGCGGCUCGGUGGGUGUCGGUGCCGGUGUCGGGCCGAGGCCGAGCCAUGCCGUUCUGGGACCUGCAGCGGCAGCUGGGCAUCGAUGUGGACCGCUGGCUGGUGCGGCAGAGCAUGCCGCAGCCCUACAAGAGGGCCGGCAGCUGUCACGCCUUCGAGCGGGAGUGGAUCGAGUGCGGGCACGGCCUGGGCCAGACCCGCGCCCGCCGCGAGUGCCAGCCUGAGUACGAGGACUUCCUGGAGUGCAUGCACCGCACCAAGCUGGCUAAGCGGCUGAAAACCAUCCUGGCACAGAGGGACAAGAUGAUCAAGGAAGGGAAGUACACCCCCCCUGACUACCACCAGGGCAAAGAGGAGCCACGGCCCUGAAUCCUGAGGGGCACAGCUGCCAGUCACCUGUGGAGCCAUCAUGUGAGACUCCUGGAAGAAGACCAAGGGCAUGGCUGGAUUGUGCUGGAGCCGUUGUGGGGCUGUGCCUGCGAGCCCUGCCCCUGCUGGGGAGGGGUUGGCAUCACUUCAACGAGUAAAUGUCUCCUUUGCAAUGGCCUUUGCCUCUGUCUUGUCUCCUUUUCUCCUGAGUAAAGCACAGCCUGAGGUUCUCUCUGCACAGCA